GAGAAGCAGGAGGCUAGAGGGAGACCAAGGAGCCUCUACGCCGAGUGUCAUCACAAAUUACCAGGCGAACUUGCGAUCACACUCACUCUCCUCUUCCUCGCUCUUGGCAAACGCUGAGGCAGCCGAGCUACCACCUCUCUCUCUCUCUCUCCCUCUCUCUCUCUCUCUCUCUCUCUCUCUCUCUCUCUCACUCUCACACUCACACGCACACACACAUGCAUACACAUACACAUGCUCUCACUGGUAUCUGUCUUUCUCACUUGCAUCCACUUAUAAAACAUACACAGUUUAUACUUUUUUCCCCUCCAAACCACUACAGCUGUUGGUUCUAUUUUUAGUCAGUUUAUUUUAAAUUUUUAUUUUUUUAAAUAUUUUUGGCAAAAUGGACGAGUUUUGAAUGCUGCUCAGAGGCGUUCCUGUCUGAUCCACUGCCUCUGCUGGGUCCCUUUUUAAAACUUUUUUGAAUUGAUUGGUAUUUUGUUUUCUAAUGGAAAGACAUGCUGGUUGUGGCGUGACGGGAUGCUUCAGGACUUAAGCGCGAGCGUUUUCUUCCCUCCUUGCUUGCAACGACGGCCUUUAGCUCAAGUUCCGGACAAUGAUGAGCAGUUUGUUCCUGACUUUCAAAGUGAAAACUUGGCAUUCCACGGGCUGCAUUUGAGGAUCAAGCGUGAGCCCCACAGCCCUUGCACUGAGUUGGGUUCAGCCUGCAGCCAGGACAGGCCCUUCAAGCUCCAUUAUGGAGAGAAGUGCCUGUAUAAUAUCAGUGCCUAUGAGCAGAAGCCUCCACAGGCAGGAAUGAAAGUGUCCAGCCCAGCCAGGACACCCUGCAGCACGCCCGGCUCUCCCCACCAGCAUGCGUCCCCCGGUGCCACCCGCACCCCCAAACCCGACAGGACGUACCCACACUCGGUCUCACUGCAGCCCCUCCCUGACUCCACCUACUCCAUGGACCACAGGUUUCGGCGUCAGUUGUCAGAGCCGUGUCACUCAUUCCCCUCCCCGCCUUCCAUGACACGCGACGGCCGACCCAUGUACCACAGACAGAUGUCUGAGCCUAGCAUUCCCUUCCAGUCUCAAGGGUUUAAACAGGAGUACUCUGACCCCCUCUUUGAGCACCCGGUCAUGGUGGGGGCGCCCCUGCCUCAGACGUACCCCCCCUCUAUGAUGAUCAAACAAGAGCCACGGGAUUUCACCUACGAUUCAGAAGUGCCUAGCUGCCACUCUGUUUACCUGAGACAAGAGGCUUAUCUGGCCCCUGGAAACAGGACUGAAGGUUGCAUGUUCGAAAAAGUUGCUCGGCACUUCUAUGAUGACACUUGUGUGGUUCCAGAAAAGGCUGAAGAAAACACCCCAUCUGGAACCAGAAAUAAAGGACUGACCCGAUCAGCUGUUUCAUGGCCUUUAGGGGACAUAAAGCAGGAGGCGGGGCUUUACCGUGAGGGUCCCACCUACCAAAGGCGUGGCUCACUGCAGCUCUGGCAGUUCCUGGUGGCUCUGUUGGAUGAUCCCUCCAACUCCCACUUCAUCGCCUGGACGGGCCGGGGAAUGGAGUUCAAACUCAUUGAGCCUGAGGAGGUGGCACGUCGCUGGGGCAUCCAGAAGAAUCGUCCCGCCAUGAACUACGACAAACUCAGCCGAUCGCUGCGCUACUACUAUGAGAAAGGCAUUAUGCAGAAGGUGGCAGGGGAGAGAUACGUGUACAAGUUCGUCUGCGACCCAGAGGCCUUGUUCUCCAUGGCGUUCCCUGACAACCAGCGACCCGUGCUGAAGACGGACAUGGAGAGGCAGAUCAAUGAGGAGGAUACGGUUCCACUGUCGCACUUCGAUGAGAGCGUGGCGUACGUCCAGGAGGGCGCCUACUGCCACCCACACCCGUACAGCGAAGGCUACGUCUACUGACAGACGUGAGAGAGCGCUGCCACAGCAGCCGUCCCUACCACAGACUCCGCCCUCUUUUCAGGCCCCGCCCCUUUCCUCUUCCUGUCUAACGUCUCCGUCGUUUCCCAGGACAAAGAGUGCACUUUAUUGGACAGAGUCGGGCAGCGUGUAAACCUACUGGCGUAGUCACGUUAGUUGCUCCUUUGAUGUUUGUUUCUUUUUAAAAAAAAAAACCUAAAACAAAAAACAGGGGAGGUGUUUUGGCAUGUCAUAUUCCCACAGUGCAAACUCUGCAGGGAAUAGACUGCUUCUGGAUAGAUGUGUUCAUCUGAUUAGGCAGGUUUAUAGUCUGGAGCAUGUGGGAGAAUGAAUCUCAGUCUCUUUUUCUAAGUUCUCCUUCAGUCAUUCGUGGAGUGCUCAGUUAUUUUCACCCCCCCCCCCCCCCCCCCGCACCCAUACUGACUAACAGCUAAUAACAUGGUCUAUUUCUAUGGAAAACAAAAUCUAUAGACUCUCCACAGUACAAUUAAAAAAGCACAUAUUUGAUAUUCAGUCAUCUGGGUGAAUAAGACUCCCUAAAUGCACUUACCCUAUAUUAAUAAAUGGUUAAGUACGUGGUUAAGUACUAGCACAGAAGAACAACAAAUUACUGUGUCAUAUCAUUUAUUGCUUUUGGAUCCAUCCCAAACAUCGAUAAAAUACAGACAAAUAGGAAAAGGGGAAUCAGAGUAAACAUUUCUAAACUUAAUGAAUUGUUUUUGUUUUGAGCCCAUGUUGAGUUCUUCGUGUAGCGAUGUGUAUCAAAAAAUGGAAUUCAUUCGACAGAGAGUAGAAAUGAACAUAUAUUUCAUAGAUUAUUUCCACUGUAGCAUCCUGCACGAGGAUCACGCUAGCAAAUGAACUACUGUUUAAUAAUCUAAGAUAAAUGUCUCAUGUCCAUGGGUCUGGUGAGCCUCUGGCUAUGAACAAUGCAGUUGUACCAGAGAGCCCAUUCAGGUUGUUUUUUUUUUUUUAAAGGAAGUUUCGAAGUCAGAAGUUCGGGACAAACGUGUCAUUUAGCCACUGCUCCAUGGUUUCUGAAAAUAUGCCCAUGUAUGUUCAGGUUGUUCCACACAGAUGCUGCUUGACCAUGUGACUGGACACAUGUCGUCAUGCAGCUUUGGCCUGCAGUACUCACAUUACUCUUUUUGUCUUUUUUACAUCAGAAAAGAAAAAAAAAUCAGUGAUUAUUGAAUGUAAAAAUAUAUACACAACACUGAGAAGCAAAUGGCAAUAGCUACUCUUCUGUAAUAAAAUAGUGUUGAAAUACAAAUAAGUUGUCACCCUUCAAAUAAUCUUAUUUGAUUUUUGUUUUUGGUUUAUUCCUGUGAUAGUCUUUUUUUUUUAUUAUUAUUAUUAUUACAUUUUUGGCCUGCUUCUACCUUAUUUUACUAAUAAAAAAUAAGUUAGUAAUCAUAAAUACGUGUCAAAAUUCAAAUGUGUGUAUAGUUUUAGGAAUGCCGCUUAUUGUUAAAACCUAGAACAAACUGGAAGGGAAGCAUUUUUGAUUGAGAGGAUUUGCCUUUUCAGGUACAAUAAUAAUAAUAAUUAUAAUAUCCAGGUAAAGAUAUCCUCAGCUAACGUAGUGUUGGAGACGCUACCAAAAAGUGUUUAGUUGAAAUGCAGCAUAGUGAAAAAUCAAUUUAAUCAAACUGAAUUUAAGGAACAUUUUCAUGACUGAUACUUCAUUUUGUUCUGUAUCCACAGUUCAGAGGAAUGUUGAAGGAGUCUCGUGGAAAAACAUAAAACAAGUUAUUUGUUGAAAAAUCCAUUUCUCUUAAAAAUUAAAAUUUCAGAAAGCAUGGGUUUUACUUUGAAUCUGUCAUGUAAAGAUGUUUUUUUGUUUUUUGUUUAAAUUUAUGCCACUUUUGAUGUCACCUAAAU